AUGUGGCCCUUGGGGGCGGCUGGAGGAGCCCCUCGCCUCGGUAGUAGCUUUGUGGGCCUCCCCCCCCGGGGCCUACCUCUCCCCUGCCAAAGCCCGGCUUCCCCACCGGGGACAGGGUGCCGGCAGCAGGCCGGCCCUGCCCGGGAGGCGAGAGCGAGCGCUGGGUUAGCUCAGAGCUUCGGUUCUUGGUGGACGGGAGCUGCGAAGCCCAGCGCGUCGUCUGGCCGCGUUACAGGUUGCAAAAUAAAAGCACUAAGGGCCAAGACAAAUACUUACAUUAAGACCCCCGUUCGUGGAGAAGAACCCAUCUUUGUUGUCACUGGACGAAAAGAGGACGUAGCCAUGGCUAAAAGGGAAAUUCUCUCAGCUGCUGAACACUUCUCCAUGAUCAGAGCGUCACGCAACAAGAACGGUCCUGCCCUGGGAGGCUUGCCAUGUACCCCCAACCUGCCAGGUCAGACGACGGUCCAAGUCAGGGUGCCUUACCGUGUAGUUGGGCUAGUGGUUGGACCGAAAGGAGCUACAAUCAAAAGAAUUCAGCAGCAGACCCAUACCUACAUAGUCACUCCCAGCAGAGACAAGGAGCCUGUCUUCGAAGUCACGGGAAUGCCCGAAAACGUAGACCGUGCGCGCGAGGAGAUCGAGAUGCAUAUAGCCAUGCGUACCGGGAACUACAUCGAGCUGAAUGAAGAGAACGAUUUCCAUUACAACGGUACAGAUGUGAGCUUUGAAGGAGGCACUCUCGGCUCUGCGUGGCUUGCUUCUAAUCCUGUCCCUCCUAGCCGCACCAGGAUGAUUUCUAAUUAUAGAAAUGACAGCUCCAGCUCCUUGGGAAGUGGCUCCACAGAUUCCUAUUUUGGAAGCAAUAGAUUGGCUGACUUCAGCCCAACAAGUCCGUUCAGCACAGGCAACUUCUGGUUUGGAGAAACGCUGCCUUCAGUGGGCAUGGAAGACCAUGCGGUUGACUCUCCCGCGUAUGACUCCUUACCAACGCCUUCCCAAACCAUUUGGACCCCUUUUGAACCUGUAAACCCGCUCUCUGGCUUCGGUAGCGACCCUGCUAGUAAUGCCAAGCUUCAGCACCGAGGGAGCCAGCCAUCUACUCCUCGCCUGUCGCCCACGUUUCCAGAGAGUCUGGAUCACCCGCUGGCUAGGAGAGUAAGGAGCGACCCACCUAGCACCGGCCACCAAGCCGGCCUUCCCAUAUACAUCCCCGCUUUCUCCAAUGGUACCAACAGCUAUUCCUCUUCCAACGGCGGCUCCACGUCCAGCUCGCCCCCCGAGUCGAGACGGAAGCACGACUGCGUGAUCUGCUUCGAGAGCGAAGUCAUUGCGGCCCUGGUCCCCUGUGGCCACAAUCUCUUCUGCAUGGAGUGUGCCAACAAAAUCUGUGAAAAGGAAACGCCAUCGUGUCCCGUUUGCCAGACAGCUGUUACUCAGGCAAUCCAAAUUCACUCUUAAAUAUAUAUAGGUAUUAUUAUAUAUGGACUUUUUAAAACUCUUAAAGGCAUGGGUGUAAUGGUACCCUCUAGUAAACUUCCUAAUGAAUUCUGACUGUUGGGCUUUCUUGGGAUUAGGCUGAAGUUGUUAGUAAAUUUCUACUUUCUCAAAAGGCUGCUAUGGUAACACUAAACCUAGGUGGUCUCUGUCCGGUUCAGUGUAAGCAGAUGGCAUGUUUAGCAGAGAUACAUCUGCUGUGAUGUUAUGGCACAGUGAGGGGAAGUUUUCAUCAAUUACACAACUGAAAAAAAAACACAAAACAAAAAAACAAAAACAAAUUUUACAGGCUUUCUAAAGGAUCUCUGUUAAGCGUUUGACUUCUGUGCGCUGGCAGCAAUGAACCUCGUCGCCUAAACGCAGAAGUACUCGUCUGCCGUGGAGGGUUUGUGGCAUUAUCAAUAUAUCAAACAACACUUCCAAUGCUGCCUUCUUUACACUGCCAGUUCUGAAAAACAGGUUUCGGGAAAUUAUUUUUGCUUUGUGCAACAACUUAUGCCUAAUUCUUCAGCAUUGCAAAUACCUUUUUUUAAAGCAUAGUUUGAUUUAUUGAAAUGGAUGAUGUUAUUGGCAGGUUCAGAUAAUAAAUUACGGUGAGGCGGGGGAGAGAAGCUGCCCGACGCACCUGCGUUUCACCUGACGUGUUAAGGGCAGUAUGUUCAGAGGAUCAGGAACGUGUCAAUUUGUGAAUUCCUACCCACUGCUUUUCUUAAUGUAAUGUGGAAAAGUCUGGCUGGCUUCAUCCCAUUUCAGUAAGGGCUUUGGGAUGCACAUACUUUGACUUACAGUGAGGAUGCUGACAUUCCGUUCGUUAGUCUGAUCAAGCUGUUCUUAAAUGACAUUUUUAGAGAGUAUAUAGUUCAAAAUGUGAAGCAUUUUUAUGUUCAAUCCAUAUUUGUCUUGCACAUAUAUAAAUAUAUAUUUUAUUUUUAGUAAGGAAAAGGAAAAAGGGGGAGUUGCGUAUGUGCCCUUGUAUUAUUCAUGACAGCAGCUGUGACGGUGGCCCUGCAAUCAGUUUACUUCAUUUCAAAACUGUCUUUCCAAUCACAAGGAAAAAAAAUGUCUUUUGAAUGCGCUUCUCACAUUUCAACCUGUGGAUGUUUCUAGCUUUUUCAUCCUCAGUACGUUCCCAAAUCUGUGCUGGCAUAUAUUAAAACAACAAAAACAAAAAAAGACACAAAGUGGAGUUCUGGUGGAUUUUUCUAUUUUUUUUGAAGCAUUAUUUUCCCAAGACAAGACAAAGCUUUUUUCUCAGUAUAACAAAAAGAAAUUAUAUGUGUAUUGAACUAGUAAAUAUACAGAAAAUUUUAUUUUUUAUUUCCACUUGAAGAGUUACAUUUCGUAUAAAAGUUUACAAAUAACGGUUUUUAUUUUAUGAUUUUCAGUAUAAGAGUUGCCUUGAUGGCAUAUUAUGUACUGCAUAACUUUAAUGCUAUAAUUGCUUGUAGACUAGUUACAUGUCAGUAUUGAAACCUAAUCUCUAGCUGCAGUCUUGUAGAUAUGAACAAAUGUUCACCGAGCAUGUAUUUUGUAUUUUAUUGCAUCGUACACCGCAACUAAUAAGCCAAGGAAUCGACAGACAUUAGGUGCGUGUACCAUUUCUAUAAACCACAAACUAAGAAUGAUAAACUAUCAAUAUAGUUUAGUAUUUGCUAAUUUUACUACACUUUUUGUUAUGUAUAUGUAGGGAGGUCAUAGGGAUUAUAAAUUCAAUUUGAGUAAAGUUUAAAAACCAUAUAUUUUAUGAUAAAGGGCCUUUAACUUAUGACGGCCAAAGCACUGAUAUUAUAUAUUUGCUGUA